GUACCUGGUGGUGUGUUGUCAUGUUUGAUGGAGCAACUAUUAGCAAAAUAAACCGUCAGAAAAAACGAAUAAAACGUAAUCUGGAUCCUAAUAACGACACAAAACCCACUAGAGUUCAUUUAUACAGUCUUAGCAGAAAUGGAUGGACCAGUUAAUCAUCUGAAUGUGGGUUUAACUGCGGAUGUGAAGCUGAGAGGUGCAGAUUAAAUAUGAUAUCAUGCCCGUGGGACAGGUGUUUCUGCAUGAGGUUCAACUGUAGGAGAUUACGAUGGUGUCCUGCAGAUAUCCAGCAGCUGUUGGUAGUUAAAGAAGAAGAUCCCUAUGAGCAGCAGGAGUGGAAGCCCAGUCUGGACCAGAAGGACCAAGUACUACCCCACAUCAAAGAGGAACAGGAGGAAAUAUGGACCAAUCAGGAGAGAGAACAGCUUCAGUGGCUGGGGGAAGCUGACAUAAUCAAGUUUACAUUUUCUCCAGUCCCUGUGAAGAGUGAAGAUGAUGAAGGCGCAGAUUGUCCUGCAGAUGUCCAGCAGCUGUUGGUGGUUAAAGAGGAGGUCCCCGACCAGCAACAGGGCUGGGGCUCAAGUCUGCGCCACCAGGAUCCAGAGCCACCCUACAUUAAAGAGGAACAGGAGGAACUGUGGACCAAUCAGGGGGGAGAGCAGCUUCAAGGGCUGGACUCUUCUGACACUGAGGACAGUGACGGAGACUGGACACUGAGCAGAGAACCUGAGUCAGGUGUAAAUCAAAAGGUAAAACCUCCUACCAGCAGUUCAACAGAGGAGAUGGAAGCAGAAGCUGCUGGAGAGGACUAUGUAGAAUCAGAACAAGGAAUUAACUUAGCCCAGUUUCCUGUAAGUGAUGUUGGAUGUAAAGGAAAACAUCAAUGCUUAGAAUGUGGUAAAACAUUUGAAAGGAGUACAGUUUUGAGGGCACACAUGAGGGUCCACACAGGAGAGAAACCGUUCAGCUGUUCAGUAUGUGGUAAAAGGUUUGCUAGCAAGUCAAACUUAACUCCUCAUAUGAAAGUCCACACUGGAGAAAAAUCAUUUCAUUGUACAGUAUGUGGAAAAAAAUUUGCUCAGAAGUCACACUUAAUUACUCACAUGAAAGUCCACACAGGAGAAAAAGCUUUUUGUUGUUCAGUUUGUCAGAAACCUUUUAGACGGAACAGCGCUCUCCGAAUUCACUCUGUCAUUCACUCUGGAGAGAAACCAUACGAUUGCACAGUAUGCGGUAAACGAUUUGCUCAAAAAUUAAAUUUAAUCCCUCACAUGAGAGUCCACACAGGCGAGAAGCCAUUUAGUUGUUCAGAAUGUGGUAAAAGAUUUGGCCUCAAGUCAGAUUUACUUCGUCACAUGAAACUCCACACGGGAGAAAAACCUUUCGGCUGCUCGGUUUGUCAGAAGCGUUUUAAACGUAAACAUCACGUCGAGUCACAUAUGAGGAUUCAUACAAGAGAGGAACAAAGUGCUCGUGACGCUCAAAACAAGCUGGCUCAACUAGGAGUUCAGCUCGAGGCAAACCCGAGCAAGCAGAUGCUGAUGAACAGACUGAAGAGUGUACUGAUGAAGAGGAAUCUGAGCCCAUCACUGAAAGAUAAUGAAGUCCAGAGUUCAUGAAAUCGGGUCCAUCACAUGAAAACCUGCUAGAAACACUGAGCACCAUAGGAAUUUAUACAUACAGGGUAUAUGAAUGUGUCUUCUUUAUUAGCAUGAAAUAACAGAGAAAGUCCAACAGGAAUAACAAAGGAGAACGGGUAAAUUCCUUUAGCUGUGUGUCAUAAAAUUUGAGUUUUUUAAUUGUUAAUUUGUGAAAUGAUCAGUCAGACUGUAAUGAUCUGACGACUUAAAAUACUGAGAAAUAACACUAAAAUCUUUACUCUCUAUGUGAAGAUAGUCCUUAAAACUAUAGAUUCCAGGAAAGGAAUAAUAAAAGGGAUAAACAUUUUCAAGGCUCUGUGCUCAAUCUAUUGCACAGUAUCUGAAGCCCCUUUUCCACAACACUUCUGUUUCAGGAGUAUUUCACUUUUAUUCCAGAACGACGUCUGUGUAAACGAAAUGGUGGAUCGUUUGGUUCCGCCUCUGUCACGGCUCUGUAACAGUAAUAACAGAGCCAC